UCUACUGCAGUUGAAAAUACACGGGAGCCGAGGUUGAGUUCAUUGAUUUUUUUGACGAUGUAAACCAUCUUUGGGAGGAUACCGUGCCUGUUUGAAUGAGAAAUCCAUUAACUCUGAGCAUAACCAUCGUCAGAAGGGCUUAUGUGCUCCGUGCCGCUCGAUUUCCGACUCGGGGUGCUCAGAGUGACGGUUGCCGGGGUUCAGUCCGUUUCAGCUCCACUGCAUCAACAUGGGUGUGAUCGGUGUGCAGCUGGUAGUUACCAUGGUAAUGGCCAGCGUAAUUCAGAAAAUCAUACCUCAUUAUUCCUUUGCAAGAUGGCUACUCUGCAGUGGCAGUCUGCGUUGGUAUCAGCACCCUACGGAAGAUGAGUUGAGGAGCUUAGCUGGGAAACAACAAAAAGGACAGAAGAAGAAAGACAGGAAGUACAAUGGUCACAUAGACAACAAGCCACUCACAAUUCCCAAGGACAUAGACCUACAGCUGGAGACAAAGUGCAUCACAGAAGUGGACACAUUAGCAUUGCACUACUUUCCAGAGUUCCAGUGGCUGGUGGAUUUCACAGUAGCAGCAACCGUGGUGUAUCUGAUAACAGAGCUAUACUACAGUGUGGCUCAGCCCUCAGGAGAGAUGAACAUCAGUGUGGUCUGGUGCCUGCUAGUACUCGCUUUUGUCAUUAAGACCCUUUUCUCUCUAACGGCCCACUACUUUAAGCUGGAGGAAGGAGGCGAGCGAUCACUUUGCAUCACUUUUGCUUUCUUCUUUUUCGUCAAAGCCAUGGCCAUUCUCAUUGUCACUGAAAAUUACCUGGAGUUUGGCCUGGAAACCGGUUUUGCAAAUUUCUCUGACAGUGCUCUUCAGUUUCUGGAACACCAGGGCCUGGAGUCCCAGGGUCCCAUAUCUAAACUCACUUUCAAGCUGAUCCUUGCCCUGCUCUGCUCCUUGAUUGGAGCGUUUCUAACUUUCCCUGGUCUACGAUUGGCCCAGAUGCAUCUUGAUGCUCUGAAUCUGACCACAGCCAAAGUUACACAAACUCUGCUCCAUAUCAACUUCCUGUCCCCUCUUAUCAUGGUCCUCCUGUGGGUGAAGCCCAUUACCAAGGACUACAUAAUGAACCCCACUCUGGGGAAGGAAAGUGUGCCUUUAAUGACUGAGCAGACAUAUGAUACAUUGCGGUUAUGGGCAAUCCUGCUGCUGUGUGUGCUCCGGCUGGCUAUGAUGAGACACCACCUGCAGGCCUACCUCAACCUGGCCCAGAAGGGUGUGGAACAGAUGAAGAAGGAGGCAGGGCGUAUCAGCACUGUUGACCUGCAGAAGAUGGUUGCACGUGUUUUUUACUACUUGUGUGUAAUCGCACUACAGUAUGUGGCACCUCUGGUGAUGUUGCUACAUACAACUUUGCUGCUAAAAACCUUAGGUGGGCACUCCUGGGGGGUCUAUCCUGAAGAUGACCUGCCUUGCACCCAUGAAAUGAACUCUAACCCUGCAGUGGGGGCAUCACCAAUAGCGGCCCCAACACCAGCUCCAGUGGUGGAAGCAGGAGCCCGGGCAUCAGUAGCCCAGCUGUCAGUGGCCCUCGGAGGCCUGCGGACUGUGUUUAGCCCCUUGCUUUUCCGGGGCCUCCUCUCCUUCCUUACUUGGUGGAUUGCUGCCUGCCUCUUCUCCACCUCCCUAUUCGGCCUCUUCUACCAUCAGUAUCUCAUGGCAGCAUAGCAUCACCAGCCCAGUGGUGGCAGGUGGAGUUCCACAGGGCUACGUUCUAGGCCCGAUCAGAAAGGACUGUGUGGGGCUGCAGAGGCCUGUUAAUGACUCCACUCCACAACUCCUCCUUCCCUCCUCCCUUUGAUCUCGUAAUACCUGACCAUAUCAUCAGAGCUCCUGGUUCUAUUUCCAGUGCUUCCUCCACAGAUGACUCUGUGAGCUCUUUUCAUUGUUUUUACUAUUACAACCACUACCUUUUUUUAUUUGGAGAACAGGAUUCACAAACUUAAACAAAGACACUAAAUUAUGAGUUAGAAUAAUGAUAUUAAUAAACAAUCAGUGGUGUAUUGAGAUGGUAAUGUGAAAUUGGUCCAGUUUGAAAUGUACUAAUGAACUUCGAAUGACAGGACGUACAUUUGUUCUCUCUCAGAUUUACAGAGAUGUUAAAAUGUUAUAUGGCAAUGGUUUUUGUGGUCAGUUUCACCAGUUUCAGUAGAGCAUAUUGGGACAAAUUAAUGUAAAUUAGUCUCCUGUUCUGUACUUACUCACAACUGUGCACAUGCAACAACUAUGUGAACUUUUUCAUCCAUUGACAUCACCAGAAUUUUAUUAUCUUGAUUUGAGAUACUUCAGCAAGCCCUGAAUGCAGCUUCUGAAAUUGAUGCAUGUCAGUAGAAUUCAAAUUUCCGACUAUUACCAUCCCACCCUCUCUCCUUGAGUUAUACAGGAUAACUGCAGUGGUAUGGCUCAUUGAAACCAGUAUUGCCAUUGAGUUACAUCAGAAAAUUAUCCAGGAAGAACUGUGCCAAUGAUGUUACCCUGCAUGACUGCAGGCAUAGUGCUAAGACAGUAAUGUUUUCUGGUUGGUACGCUCGGCAUGAUUCUUAUGUCCAUGCACAGGGCCUGGACAUAAGAAGUCAUGAAGCCAUCCAUAUAGCAGCCUGUAUCAUGGCAGUAGGCCAGAGUAUAUGCUACUGUUGAACUGCUGACGUACAUGGUCAUAAAAGAGGCUAUAUUUUGAGCUUGAAUAUGUCACAGGAUUUCACAGAAUCUGGUUAUGGUCAUAGGGUUCAUGUAGUCAUGUGUAAUUGUCAUGCGGUUUAAUAUUACCCUAAAAUUACCCUCAUGUUUACCUGAUUUUUGAUGGGACUGAUAAUUGCCAUAGUUUGGUCCUGUGUUUAUUUUCUUAUGAGAAAGAUCAUUUUUCUGAGCGUCCAGACAAAAUAGCCUCUUUUUCUUGAAUGUCCUAAUACUGUUGCCACUGACCAGAAAAAGUAUGUAUGUCAAAGUCUUAAAGUGGUACGGCAGGGACCGCUGUGUCUCUGUAUGGAGGAGGAGGGGGACGAGGAGGAGUAGGAGGAGGUGGAAGAGAGAGGGGCAGCCUGUGGAUGUUCCCAAAAGGACUGGUGAGGAAAAGCUGCCAGCAGACGGUCACAGCUCUUCUCCAACCGUGGUUUGAGAAUGGACAGUCCAAGGAGAGUCCUACCUGCGGAGAAGCAAGAGGACAUAAUAAACUCACUGGGCGCUGUCCCAUUAACUUGAAACUGAUGUAUUUAAACAUGUCUGCGUGAACUUGCCACCAAGGACAAGCCUAGGUUUUUUGAAAGAAAUGCGUUCCGAUUCAUUUGUGAAGUUUUAUUUCCGUUUCAAUCUCCUUGGUUUAAACUGAGCCAUAUUGGAUGAUGAGAGAAUUUUGAGUUCCUUCUGAGCAGCGGCGUUUAUGUAAAGGGAGGACAGCUCACAGGGCUUGUGUUUGUGGCUGUGUGUCUGUCUACAUGAGUGAGAUCUGGGCUCUAGGUCAGCUGUAAUCUGAAAGGGCAUUGUGAUCAAGAGAAGAGGACGUCAACUACUGCUGAAGAGAUGAAGCCUUUAUUUUCUGCUUUCCUCCAUUUUUUCCCUUUUUCCCCAUCCACUUUUAGAGCCAAUUGAGAACUAACUUUAUGUCCUAUUUUUAUUUUUGUUUUUUCUAAUAGAUCAAAUUGUGGAUUUAUAAAACGUUUUUGGUUUCACAAUGGUGCCAAGUGAGCCUGUCCCCUUGUCCCAGUGGCUGUCAAUUUGGUGUCUGCUAAUAUUUGAAACUCAACUGGACUACAACCCUGCGGCCUUCUGUUUUCUUGGGAACAGUAUUCAUGAUGAGGGAAUCAAUAGCUCUUGUGUGCAUCAAGACAUACAUAAUUAUAUUUACGAUCCCCUUUGCAUACUGUAACUCACAGGCUUAUGCGCACACAUGCACAUUCAUUGUGCUGACGAAACACGGGGCCACUGAUUGUUCAGCCUAUUCAGGAAUGUAGGGCACAUGGCGCCAGAUUGAUCACAGAUCACUAAAACUUGUGAUUCUUUGGUAUUUUAUCUCACAAUAUGUUAUCAUUAUAUUGAUGACAUUAUAGAACUGCAAUUCAUGAAUUCCAGUUCUAUAAAUUUUGUACAGAAUACAUUUUAAAAAGUCAAGCAGCACCAUAUCUCUUUCUCUCUCUCUUUUUUUAAUGUUCUUGAUGUCUAAAAGUCUUAUAUUCACUGUUUGUCUCUUUUAAAAUAUGGGGAGUGUGCACAUAAUGAAUGUAUCAAUCCUGCCUGAUUUCUAGAUUGUUUUGAUGAAAAUGAUUGGUAUGGUGAGUUGAUUUUAGCCCCCUCCAUUUGUAAAAGCUGCACAUCCUAAACACUUAACCUUGUCUACUACCAUCCCUGAAAGAGCCACUCAACCUUGUGUGGUUAGCUUAAAAAAAAAAUCUAAUUUCUUCUAAUGACCAUUUUGAGUUGACCUGUCAUUGUUAUAUUUAUUGUUCAUGUCGAGGCCUGUAAACAUUUCUGAUAUUAACAGAAAACACUUUUUUUUGUUAUCGGAGUGCAUGAUCGCUUAAAUCAUUUUUUUUAUGUGUUCCAGACAAAUCAAUUACAAAUUAAAUUUUCUUUUUUUGGUAUGGUCUGUCAGUUGGGAAGUAUCUGGGAUACUUUAAGAGUUUAUUGGCCUGAUAAAGGCAUUGUCUGUUCUGUUUGUUACCACUGUAGUGUUUAUUUUUCAUUGUUGGGUUCACAGUAAAUUACACGUACAUUUGUUCUUUCAUGUAUUUAUUUCUGGUUUAGAUUGUCUUUAAUAAAUUAUGUUCUUUACCAUGCCUUUUUUAAAACUUGGUUUUACAAAAGGAUCUUCAAGGUUUUCAUUUUCAAAUUGCAGCAUUAUGCAAGUCUAUUCCACUGGCUCACUGGCUUCACGUAAGGCCUUAGCAGUAGCAUGACAGGGAGACAGGUUAAAUUACUAAGCUUUAGAUGCUGAUUAAUGGAAUUGAACCUAGAACGGCACAUUUCAGACUAUUCGGUUCUGAAAUAUUAAAACAUGAACAGUUAGGCACUUUAGCUGUGGAUUUGUCGUCAACUGCUGGGAGACAAUGCAAGGCGCUGGGAGCUGUUUGCUCAGUGCUGACAGAACAGUUUAUUAAUCUAUAUGUCAGAUUCCUUACAGUCAGAUACACCGAUCACAAUCAUAUUACAGGUCAAGUUGAUUAUGGUUGUUCCUGGAUGACCAAAGAGAGAGAAACUGGGAGUUUAAUUAUUGAAACAGCCAUUUUCACUUUGAUGGAUUUUGUUAAGUCAGUGAAUUAUGAAAGGAUGGCACAAGUCAGAAUUAUUAUUGUACUUUGAUGACGCUCUGGUCAGAACGAUUGACAACUUCAGAAAUGAUGCCUUACCAAAGACCCAUUUGUAAAAUUGUCAGUUCACUGACUUCAUCUGUCUCUCCUUGUCCAACUCUGUGUCCUCCUCUGUCCUUCCCUCCAUGCUAACAGGAGCACCGGUCUUUAUUUAAAUAUGCUUGAGAACAAUAAGCUAAUUUUUGGCAUGUUGUGUGUUGUGAAAUGGUUCCCGUUUUAACUAGCUCUAUUUAAACUCUAUAACAGGCAAAUAAUGACUUAUUUUUACGGAGAUUAAGAAACUGACUGAUUUUAUACCCUGUCUGAGUCUGGAAAACUGUCAAAUGACUUGAAUAAAGUGGCAUUGUUUUAUAUUU